UGCCGGCCGGGGAGCGGCGGCCCCGGGGGCCGUAAAGCCUCGGGCGCGGGGCCGGGGCCGGGGCAGCUCCGCCGCCGCUCGCCAUGAGGGCAGCGCUCGCCCCCGGCGUCCGCCUGCUGCGCGCCCUGCCCCGAGACAGCCGCUACCGGGGGCUGACGCUGGUGCUGACCUUCCUCUGCUACACCAGCUACCACCUCUCCCGAAAACCCAUCAGUAUCGUCAAGAGCCAGCUGCAUCCCAACUGCUCGGCGCUGGGCACGAACCCCCACAACGGCUCCAACAGCACCACGUGGUGCAGCUGGGCACCCUUUGACCAGGACAACUACAAGGAGCUUUUUGGCGCACUGGACAAUGCCUUCUUGGUGGCCUACGCCAUCGGGAUGUUUAUCAGUGGCAUUUUCGGAGAGCGGCUGCCCCUACGGUACUACCUGUCGGGGGGAAUGGUGCUGAGCGGGCUCUUCACGGCGCUCUUUGGCCUUGGCUAUUUCUGGGACAUCCACGUCCUCUGGUACUUCAUCAUCGUGCAGGUCUGCAAUGGGCUGGUGCAGACGACCGGCUGGCCGUCCGUCGUGGCUUGCGUUGGGAACUGGUUUGGGAAGGGAAAGAGGGGUUUGAUCAUGGGCAUCUGGAACUCACACACCUCUGUGGGCAACAUCCUGGGCUCACUCAUCGCGGGCGUCUGGGUCUCCUCCGAAUGGGGCUUGUCCUUCAUCGUGCCCGGCAUCAUCAUCGCUGCUGUGGGUGUCGCCUGCUUCUUCUUCCUCGUGGAGCAUCCUGAGGACGUCGGCUGCAGCCCACCUCUGCAUCACGUGAUGUCAGACGAGAAGGACCCUGAAGGGGUGUCCUCUGAUGAUGGGCCACUGGGUGCCUCGGGCCACAGCAGCGCUGAGAGCUCAGAGAACCCCAAAGAGCCGUCUGAUGAGCCCGAAGCCAUCAGCUUCCUUGGGGCGCUCCGGAUCCCUGGCGUGGUGGAGUUCUCCCUUUGCCUGCUGUUUGCCAAGCUGGUGAGCUACACCUUCCUCUACUGGCUGCCCCUCUACAUCGUGAAUGUUGCGCAUUUCGGUGCCAAGGAAGCCGGGGACCUGUCCACCCUCUUUGACGUCGGGGGCAUUUUAGGAGGGAUCUUCGCUGGGCUCAUCUCCGACUACAGCGGUGGCAGGGCCACCACGUGCUGCGCGAUGCUGGUGGUGGCUGCUCCCAUGCUGUUCCUGUACAACCGCAUCGGACAGACCGGCAUCGGCACGUCCAUAGCGAUGCUGAUUGUCUGCGGCGCCCUGGUGAAUGGCCCCUACGCUCUCAUCACAACGGCAGUGUCAGCAGACUUGGGAACCCAUGAGUCCCUCAAAGGAAACGCGAAAGCCUUGUCCACCGUCACAGCCAUCAUCGACGGCACGGGAUCCGUGGGUGCUGCGCUGGGCCCACUGCUGGCAGGGCUUAUCUCCCCCACAGGCUGGAACAACGUCUUCUACAUGCUGAUUGCAGCUGAUGUCCUGGCUUGCCUGCUUCUUGCUCGCGUGGUGGUUAAAGAGGUACGCGGGUGGUGCGGCUACAUGGCAAGGAAGAGAGGCUCUAGCGUGCAGCUAACAGAGUCAGUGCUGGAUGGGAAGUAGCUCGGUGUGAAAGAGCAAUAGGCUGGGCCAUGUGCUACGGUUCAAGCAGUUUUGAUGUGCUCCCGCCAGCAGCCCUGUGCUGACAGAGGGAGGAGAAGCCGGGGCAGGCCGGCAGCGUGCCAUCGCCACCACCACGCUGGCCCUGGGCCCGUGCCACCGCCAUUUUGCCUCAGGGGGAGGAGCCAGCCGGCCACUUUUCUGGGCCAAAUCUGCGCCAUCAGCCAUUUUAUCAAUAAAGAGGUGCGAAGCCUG